GAAUACGUACCGGAAUACCCCAUAGCCAAUUACUUUUCUUUUUCCUGCAAAUGGCUUUUGAUUAUAUCAACUAUUAUAACAUCGGAUGGUGACAUUAAUAUGUCAGCUAGUUAUCAUCUGCUCAUUGCCACCUACACCGUCUGACUGCCUCCACCCCCUUCCCUUCUUCAUCCCACUCUCUCGUUUCUCUUUAAUUUACGACGAAUACUGGUCAUUUGGACCUGUUGAAACAACACAAAACUUCUGUGUAUGGGUGUGCAUCCAUCCUCAGCCCAAUAUCCAAAUUAUACGAAACAGAAUCUCACGAAGUCAUCUUUCGCGAAGAUACAGACCAUUGUUGUUGUUUCCCUCCAGCUGAGUAACGUUCGAGGCAAAGUGGUGCGCAGUUUUUUCCUUUCUGUGACUGCGCUGAUCACCGUGUGCAUCGGUCUGGCCAUCGCUAUGUCCUACGCAUCCUUCCGAGGUUUCCUGGUGAACGGAGGAACUGUUCUGUUGUUCUUCGUAGGCCUCUCGCUGAUAUACUUCUUCUACAACGUCGGGCAGUCGUGCAAUGAUCAGGUGAACGACGCCGUAGAGACCCUACAGAACUUAAGCUGCAACUUUGCCAGUGCUGACGCGAAGGCUCAGGUGUAUCACGUCAUCACCUGCCUUCAACCGCUUAGAAAAUUCGACAUGUGCGGAUGGUACACGCUGGACUACCCAUCGCUAGUAACGGUUCGUCGCAGUCCUCCUCGGUCUUUGGAUUAUAGACACUUGAGUCACAAUAUAUUGCAAAUAAUUUACGUUUUCUGUGAAGAAUGGGAAAAUGAUAACGCCAUAAUGUCUUCAUUUGCAGGCGGCUAGCGUUGUGGUCACGUAUUUGGUGAUUCUUCUUCAGGUUGGCGGACUGCAGCUGCAAAAUUAAGUUGAGACUCCCAAACGAAGAGGUAGAGGGGGAGAGGG